ACAAUGAUUACAAACAUUCUGAACCGCCUAAACUUCCGAGCCUUUCGCCACAGAUGGGCUGCCGAUCUACGUCAAAUAGCACUAUCACCCCUCACAAUCCUCGUUUGGACAGCCUAUACAUCAUUAAAUUUCGUGAGAUGGAAUCUCAAGAGGUCCCAACAAUGGCCCCGCAUCCGAGUUGUCUGCGUCGCUGAUACGCACUCUCAGCGCUGCGACGUCCCAGACGGCGACCUUCUGAUUCACGCGGGAGACCUGAGCCUCCAUGGCAGCGCAGCGGAGAUCCAGGAAACGGUUAACUGGCUGAAGUCACUGCCGCAUCCUUACAAGGUCGUGAUCUCGGGCAAUAGUGAUCGUUUUUUUGAUGUUACCUCCCGAUUAGCAGAAGAUAAGCUGGCGACGACACCAUCCGCUGACGGCACAAGCAAAGUAGCUGCACAGCUUAGACGUGGUAUCUCAAUUGACUGGGGCGACAUCUAUCAUUUACAGCAGGCUUCGGUGUGUUUGCCCUUUCGGGACACAUCUGGUGUAAUGCGGCAAAUCCGUGUCUAUGGGUCACCACAGAUCCCUGUGUGCGGCGGGCCAGACAAUGCCUUUCAGUACCCUGUGAACCAAAAUCCAUGGGCUGAAACCAUCCCAGCGUCUACGGAUAUCUUGGUCACGCAUACACCAGCCAAGUUCCAUGGGGAUUGGUACCAAGGGUCCCCCGAAGGCUGCCCAUUUUUGCUGGAUGAGUUGUGGAAGGUUCGCCCUUUGCUACAUGUCUUUGGCCACGUGCAUACCGCUCAUGGAGUGGAGAGAGUGCAGUGGGAUAGCGCUCAGUGGUGGUUGGAGAAAUACUAUCGGGAUACUUCGGACGCUGCUCAAAACCCGCGAAUAUUCGCCCUUCGAAGCUUCUUCCAUCCAGCGCUGUUGCUGGACGCUGUCAUGGUUUUGUUCUCUGGUAUGGUAACUCUUGUACGAGACUUAGCUAGUCUACGUCGCCGAGAAGAACGGUCUACAUUGAUGGUCAAUGCUGCUUGCAUGAGCGAAGACGGCGAACGGCUGGUGAAUGAGCCGAUUGUUGUGUAUAUAUAGCAAGCGAAAAUCCAGCCAUCCGCGGCUUAGGGAUUUGUGUCAGAUCAGCAUAUCACUUGUCAGGCCCCUGCUAUAGAUUGUAUUUUUGUGCAGCUUGGAAAGAACAUAAUUAAGAACAAGGCGCAGAAAGAUGAUA